UUUGAGUUGCCGCCGCCUCGCUCGUUACAAACUGCUGACAAGGCUUGAACUUUUUCCACAAAUUCGCCAAGGCACAGUGCAGCCGAACAUGUCAAGACUUGCUGCACUUGCUUUCAGUUUGUUAACAAAUUCAUCAUAGCUUGGCCUAAAUGUGUUGGCUUUGGCUUGAUCCAAUUAUCAUCUGAAUGGCUCAGCUCAGUUCUCAGUUCUCAGUGUUUACAGUCAAUAACCUGUCUAAAUUUUGUCAAUUUUUUUUAUUGUAUUCUUUCAUUUUUUUUUUUGAUGUGCUAACACAAAAGUUCUCCAACAACAACCAUCAAGAACAACAACAACAACAGCAGCAGCAUAAACAAAUUGCCGCAGCAUAAACAAAAUGUCGGAACCAGCAGCGGUCUGCUACAAGUGCAAUGAGGUCAUCAAGCAACGCAUCAUCACGGCCUUGGGCAAGACCUGGCACCCGGAGCACUUUGCCUGCAAGGACUGCCUCCGCCCCAUUGCCGAGUCCACCUUCAACAUACAAAACGGCGAGCCCGUCUGCUCCGAUUGCUUUGUGAGGAACUACUCGGGCACCUGCUUUGGCUGCAAGCAACCCAUAAUAGAGCGCACUAUUAAGGCCAUGGAGCAGUCAUGGCACGAGGAAUGCUUUGUGUGCGCCGGUCCAUGCAAGAAGCCGCUGGUGGGCACCUCGUUCUAUGAGCGGGACGGACUGCCCUAUUGCCGCAUCGACUACGAACAGCUGUUUGCGGCGCGCUGCGCAGGCUGCGCUCAGCCGAUAACGGAGAAUGCGAUUGUUGCGCUUAAUGCCAAAUGGCAUCGAGAUUGCUUUAAGUGCAAGAGGUGCACUGCAGCUAUAACUUCUAGUUCAUUCGCUGUGGAGGAUAAUCAGCCGCUGUGCCCAGCCUGCUCCGGUUAGGCAACUACUCCACACACACACACACAUACACACACAAACAUACAUAUAUAUACAUAUAUUUAAAAUAAUUACAUAUGUUAUACAUACAUAUUGUUGAACAAAUGUUGAAUAUCUAACCAAUUUAAUAAUAGCAUAACUAUCUAUCUCUCUUUCGCACACACACACACACACACGGCCUGCUGUCAUGCCUAACUCCUCCACACACACGAAAUUAUAAAGAUCUAUUUAAAAACAAUGCUUGUUUAAUGACUUUAAUACACAAUAAAUGCAUUAAAUUCU